AUGAGCAAGCAGAAGCAGGGCAAGGGGCGCGGGAAGGGGCCGAAGAAGACCUCGAAGGGUCCAGGCACGCCUGGGCGCGGCUCAGGAGGUCCUAGAGCGCCGCCGAAGGACGUGUUUGUGGACGACGAUCCGGUGACGCUCGACAAGCGCACCCACAAUGUCCGCGCGUGGUGGAAGACGCUCACGCCGGAGGAGCGCGCCCGCCGCCUCGCCGUGUCCGUGGCGGACCUCCGCGAGGCCGCCGACCGCAACCGCUACCCCGAGGAGGAAGUCAUCGUCGCGGAAGGCUCCGAGCUCGUCGACAUCGCGGACCGCGACCUCCUCGAGACCGCCCUGAAGCGUUUCGUCACCAAGGGCACCUGGAAGCUGUGGCUGUGGCCACGCGGCACCCCACAACCCCCGGACGUGGAGUUCACCGAGAGCGACGCGUUCCGCACGUGGUACCGCAAGAACGUCGUCGGCCCGACGCACGCCAAGUACCUCCCGGACCUCGACGUCAAGCUCGAGACGGAUGACGAAGAGGCGUUCCGUAAACGCAUCAGCGCGUUGUACGCGAGGGCGGCGGCGAUCCGUUCCGGGACGGAGGAGCCCGCGGCGGCGGCCGCGGGCGACGCGGACGGGAAGCCCGCGGGCGAGGGCAAGCCGCUGGGGCGCGGCGGCGGCGAGGGCAGGGAGCGGGAGGGCGGUGUGCCGCGUGGGCGCGGCGGCGGGCGGGCCGCGCCGCGCGUGCGCGCGACGAGCGAGCAGGUGCAGGCCGCGCGCGACAUCAUGGCCGUCGGCGCGAUCGACCGCGCGCUGCGCGAGGACGAGCACGUUCUGUUGCACCGCGCGGUGUUCCGGCCGGUCGUGCGCGACUUCGUGGAGCGGCUGUCGCAGCAGGGCAUCCCGACGCAGAGCUUCGAGGACGCGGACAACAGCGCGCCGGUGCGGUUCGUCCCCGAGGACUUGAGCCUGCUCCCGCCGGAGGAGGUGUCUCAGAUUGCAAACUGGAUCAUCGAGCGGAUCGACGCGCUGGGAAUGCGCUUGCGCUCGGAGACGAAGGACGAGGCGAAGGAGCAGGACCCGGACGAGACGAUGGGCGACGUGGACCUGUUCUGCUUGGAGAUUCCGGGCCGACCGAAGCGCGCAGUGCCGCCGCCCGCGCCCGGGGCGGGCCCCGAGGCCGCGACGACGUCCGCGGCCGCGGAGGCGGCUGCGGCGGUCGAGGCGCUGCAGGGCGCGACGGAGGAGGAGAUUGCGGGCGGGGAGGUGCGCGUGAACGACAGUUGGUUGUCGCACCUCGCGCGGCGGACGCUCGGCGACGACGGGCAGCCGCGGCUGGUGCGCGACGGCGAGGACGCUGCGGACGUGGGGCUCGUGGUGGAGUGGGUGUACGGCGCGAUCGUGUCGACGGCGGAGAAGGGCCGCGAGGCCGCGCGGUCGCUGCUGCUGAUGUCGGCCAUGACGGCGCGCGAGGCCCAUGAACAGCUCAUGUCGGUCCUGCAGGAGCUCCACCGGCAGGACUCCAUCCUCAACCACGGCAAGCUGCUCCUGUCGACGAUGGUCGACUCCCGGCGCUCGAACCGCACGAUGAUGGCGCAGCACCCGCAGCUCCUGGCGCUGCAGCAGGAGCUCGCGCAGUGCGUGCUCCCGGACAAGACCCGCGACGAGGCCGCGCUCGAGCGCAUCGCGGAGCGCGUGCGGGCCGAGGGCCUCGAGGGCAACUGGCCGGCGCCCGACGAGACCAUCAUUCAGAUGCUUCACAGGGAGGGUCUGCUCACGGACGCGAGGGUGUACCACAAGAAGGAGCGGCACAUCCAGAAGACCCGCGAGCAGCGCGUGGUGGAGUUCGAGUUCGUCCUCGCGACGACGGAGCUCAAGCGCCGCCUGCAGCAGUGCGAGAACGCGAAGCAGGCCCCGCGCGCCCUCGACGCCGCCGGCCACCGCGGCGCCACGCGCUCGCAGCUGGCCGACGCCGCCAUCGAGGAGCAGGUGGCGGCGCAGAACGCCUACCGCGAGCAGCAGCUCAAGGUCCAGGCCCUCGAGGAGCACCGCAUGCGCGUCAAGACCAAGCUCGCGGAGCUCGGCCGCGAGAUCGAGCGGCUCGAGGGGUGGGGGCGCAACCUGCUGGUCCUAGUAGACGAGCUCACGAGGGACAUUGAGCGGCGGCGCCUGCUGGCGGGCGCGAACGGCGCGGCGGACGUCGAGGAGGGCGGCGGCGCCAACGUGGCGCAGCGCAUCGCGAUGUAUGAGCAUCGGUGCAAGUUCUUCACGCGGAUCCUGCGCGAGCUGUACACGGACGAGGACGACAGGAACCACUUCAACUGGAUCCAGGACUCCAUGCGCGUCAUCGAGCACGACUCGCGCGCGCUGUCCGUCAUCGCGGCGCACCUCGAGUCCCAGGUCCUCAACCUCGCCUGCGACGACCUCGGCCAGAUGGUUUCAUCACAAAUCACACUCCCGGUCCUGCGUGCGCGGCUGCACGAGGCCGCGAUGGAGUACCUCGACCAGCAGGCCAAGGCCGUCGAAGCCGGGUUCCUCGAGGAGGCAGAGGCGCGCGAGCGUGCGGCACGGGAGGAGCGGGAGCGAGCCAAGGCGCGACGCGAAGAGGCGAUGCGAUUGGCGGAGCGGGAGGCGGAGGAGCGCGCGGAGCGGCAGCGCCAGGCGGAGGCCGCUGCGGAGGCCGAGGCGGAGGCGCGGCGGCAGGAGGAGGCGGCGCGGCGCGCGGCGGAGGCGGCGGCAGCGCGGGAGCGGGAGCUGGAGUUGGAGCGGGCUGCGGCGGAGAAGGCGGCGGCGGCGAUGCGGAGGGAGCGGGCGAGGGAGAGUGAGAGGGUGUCCGGCGCGCCCGCGAUGCUCCCGCCGCGCGGCAUCCCGCCGCCGCACAUCCCGCCGCCGCACGCGGCCACGCACGGCCCCCCACACCCGGGACACGGCCCCCCCCACCUCAUGCACAUUGUCGCGGCGCCGCACCCGCACAUGCGCGCGGGGGUGCCGCCGCCGGUCGUCCACAGCGCCGCCGGCAUGUCCGCAGGGCCGGGCAUGCCGUACCCGGCCAUUCCUGCGUCAGGCGGGUUCGGCGCGGGCAUGGGCCCGCCGCCGCCGAUGAUGCUCACCGGGCGAGUGCCGGCCUCCCUGACCCGCGGCCCCGCGCCGCUGCGCCCGCGCGGACUGGUCAACAAGGGAGGGGAGUACAACUGCUUCCUCAACGCCGCGGUGCAAGCCUUGUGCCACAUCCCGGUUUUCCGCCACGUGAUGCUUGGCUCCAACCUCGAGGCCGUGGAGCGCCGGAAGCCGCGCGCCGAGGACCUCAAGGUCCUGCGCGCGCUCGUCUCGGUCGUGCGCGACAUGGCCGCGCCGCCGGCGGCCUCGAACGGCGCCGCUCCCGCCGCGCAGGCCCCGCCGACCGACCCAGUGGCGCUGCGCAGUGCGUUGAGCGAGCUGGGUGCGGGCCACGCGGCGUUCCAGCUGUCGGAGAUGCACGACGCGAGCGAGGUCCUCGACGGCAUCCUGAACUGCCUGCACCGCGCGGACGCCGGCGUCCUGAAGCACGACCCCACGCUGCCGCACAAGGCCCCCCCCACGGCCAUCCCGGCCCGGCAUCCGCUCCUGCACGGCGCCCUGCAGCCGUCGUACCAGCAGCUGCCCGGCUGGGCGGCCCCGCAGCGCCGCUCGUUCGUCCAGCAGCUCUUCGGCAUCGAGGUGCAGGUCCCGCCCGACACCGCUGGCCCAACGGCGGCAGCGGGGCUGCAGCGGCGGCCGCCGCGCGACGUGCUGCACUUCGUGCGGUUCUUCCACAUGGUGCACGUGCGCACGCUGCACAAGGCGCGCCUCGCGAUGCCCGACGCGCCGCUCGCGACGCUGCUGCGGGAGGUGGAGUGCAACCCCUUGCUGGAGAGUGCGCCGUUUGCCAAGGGCGGGCGGAUCGCGGUGCGCGCGGGGGCGGGGCGGCCGAAGACGACGCUGGUGGAGGUGCCGCUGGUGUUUUCGGUGACGCUAGUGUGGGAGCACACCAAGCCGCUGGCGUGGCUGGUGGAGUCGGUGGUGAGUGCGGUGGCGAGCAGCGUCGAGGGGAUGGCGUUGGGCGAGGUGUUCGCGAACGUCGAGGGGAACGGAAUGCACGCGCUGCGGAGCGUGCUGUGCUUCUGCGACCACCACUACACGGCGUUCGUGCGGGCGGACACGGAGGGUGGUUGGACGCUGGUUGACGACGAGAAUGUCGUCUCGCUCGGGACGUGGGACGCGGCGGCGGCGGAGAUGGUCAAGAGGAACCUGGCUCCGCUGGUGCUGUUCUACGCCGCGGCGUGA